AUGAGUUCCGACUACUCGUACGACGCCGAGGCGCAAUUCUACCCCUUCUUCAUCCUCGCCAUCAGCAGCAUCAUCACCCUGCCGCUCGGCUACACCCUCGUCUUCCCCGCCAAGGACAUCGAGGCCAAGGCACCGCGCAUCCAGAGCAACUUCAAGCCCGAACAUGUCGACCUCAUCGACAAGCAGCGCAAGGCGCAUGAGAAGAAGCAGCGCCGCAUCGUGCGCGUCAUUGCCGUGCUCAUCGGCCUCGCCGUCAUGGCCGGCAUGAUCUACCUCAUCAUCCACACCCAGAGCGUCACCCAGAAGAUCUGGAACCCCUACGACAUUCUCGGCAUUUCUGAUUCCGCCGAUGAGAAGACAAUCAAAAAGGUCUACAAGCAGCUCUCGAAGAGACUGCACCCCGACAAGGUUCGGCCUGACCCGGCCAAGAACGAGACCGUCGAGUCCCUCAACAACGCCUACGUCGAGAUCUCCAAGGCCUACCAGGCGCUCACCGACGAGGAGAUCCGCAACAACUACAUCCAGUACGGCCACCCCGACGGAAAGCAGAGCUUCAGCAUCGGCAUUGCCCUCCCCCAGUUCAUGAUCUCUGAUGGCAACGGCAAGUACGUCGUCCUCGCCUACACCCUGCUCCUCGGCGUUCUUCUGCCUUACUUGGUCGGCUCGUGGUGGUACGGCACUCAGCGCAUGUCCAAGGACGGCGUGCUCAUGGAGAGCGCCAACAACCUUUUCCGCGCCUACGACGACAACGUCGACGACGGUGGUGUCGUCACUGCCUUGAGCAGCGGUAAGGAGUUCGACAGCGUCCUCAAGGGUGACAAGGCCGAGUCUGGCCUUUCCAAGCUCGAGUCGAAGCUCCUCGCCAACGCCGACAAGGCCGGCCUCUCCCAAAAAGACAAGCAGGCUCUCGAGGACCUCGACAGCGGCGUGCGCCGGAAGGCUCUGGCUCUCCUGUGGUCCUACCUCGGCCGUGUCGACCUCGAGGACCCGGCCCUUGACAGCGCCAAGUACGAAGUCGCUCCCAUCGCCCACGCCCUUACCCGUUCAUUCUCCGCCAUUGCCCAAGCCUAUGGCAACACCGGACCCAUUCUGGCCGCCUACUCUACCAGCCAGCACCUGAUCCAGGCUCUGCCCCCCAAGGCCUCGCCUCUCCUCCAGCUACCUCACUUCACCCAGAACAUUGUCCGUCAGGUCGAGGGAGGCGACUCCAAGGUUCACGUUUCCCUUCAACAGUUUAUGGAUCUGCCCGACGAGCUCCGCAGGAACCUGGUGGUGCGCAACAAGCUUCUCUCCGAGGACCAGUACACGUCCGCCGUCAGUGUCGCCCGCCAAUUGCCCCAGCUCCGUGUCGCCAAGGCCUUCUUCAAGGUCACCGGCGAGCGCUUCAUCAUCCCCUCCUCCCUCGUCACCCUCGUCGUCAAGGGACGCAUCAUCCCCCCUGGCAGCGAAAACGUCCCCGAAAUCAACGAGCUGGACCUGGAAGACAUUGACCCCCCUGAAGAUGACCUCGAGGCCUACCUUGGCCGCAAGAAGAAGACUGUCAAGGGCCCCGACGGAAAGCCCAUUCCGGUUGACGACAAGCCCAUCCUGCCUCCUCUCGCUCACGCCCCUUACUUCGCCCGCGAUCACGCCCCCAAGUGGUAUGUCUUCUUGACCGACUCCAAGCAGGGCAAGAUGGCUGUUCCCCCCUUCACCUUCACCCAGUUCGACCAGCCCAUCUUCGGCGAGGACGGCAAGCCCACAUUCAACAUGCAGACCCUCAAGGCCCAGUUCGCCGCCCCCCUCAGGCUGGUCACUACACCUUUGUCAUGCACGUUCUACGUCGGUUUCGACACCAAGAUGGAGGUUACCCUCGUUGUCGAGGAGGCGAACAAGGCAGCGGCGAUGGUUGCCGAGGAUGACAUCAGUGAGCCUGACGAAGACUCGAUAGCCGGCCAGAUGCAGGCUCUCAAGGGCGGCAGCGUACCAGGUGCCACCAAGCCCCGCAGGAAAGUGGAGGAGGACUCGGACGAGGAGAGCGGCACAGACGACGACGUCGAGGACGACACGAGCGAGACAAACACCGACACCGAGGACGAGUCAUGA